AUGAGUGCUCCAGCAAAAGAUCCAGUUCACCCAAAAACAGGUGAAAGAAAUAUUUUAAUUACAUCAGCUUUACCAUAUGUCAACAAUGUUCCACAUCUUGGUAAUUUAGUUGGUAGUACUUUAUCUGCUGAUGUUUAUGCCAGAUAUUGCCGUUUAAAAAAUUACAAUGUUAUUUAUAUUUGGGGGACUGAUGAAUAUGGUACAGCAACAGAAACUAAAGCAUUACAAGAAAAAUGCACACCAAAAGAAAUUUGUGACAAAUAUCAUAAAAUUCAUAAAGAAAUUUACGAAUGGUUCAAUAUUUCAUUUGAUAAAUUUGAUAUUUUUAAGAAAUUAAACGAUAAUGGUUACACAUUAACUCAAGAAAUCGAACAAUUAUAUUGUGAACAAACUUGUAAAAUGUUUUUAGCUGAUCGUUAUGUCGAAGGUAUUUGCCCACAUUGCCAAUAUGAAGAUGCUCGUGGUGAUCAAUGUGAUAAAUGUACCAAACUUUUAAAUCCAACCGAUUUAAUCAACCCACGUUGUAAAAUGUGUUCAAAACCACCAAUCAUUAAAUCCACCAAACAUAUCUUUAUUGACUUACCACAAUUACAAUCAAGUGUCCAAGAAUUUGUAAAGAGAAAUAGUGCCGAUGGUAACUGGAGUGAAAACUCUAUCCAAAUCACAAAGACAUGGGUUGAUGGCGAAUUAAAGCCACGUUGUAUUACCAGAGACUUAAAAUGGGGUACACCAGUACCAUUAGAAGAAUUCAAAGAAAAAGUUUUCUAUGUUUGGUUUGAUGCACCAAUUGGUUAUAUCUCUAUCACUGCCGAAUACACCAAAGAUUGGGAAAAAUGGUGGAAGAAUCCAGAAGAUGUUAAACUUGUUCAAUUCAUGGGUAAAGAUAAUGUUCCAUUCCACACUGUUAUUUUCCCAGCCUCCCAAAUUGGUACCAAAGACUCAUACACCCUUCUUAACAACCUCAGCACCACUGAAUAUCUCAACUAUGAAACUGGUAAAUUCUCAAAAUCAAGAGGUACUGGUGUUUUUGGUGAUGGUGCUAAGAACACUGGUAUUCCAUCAGAAGUUUGGAGAUUCUAUUUAUUAAGCAACCGUCCAGAAUCCUCAGAUUCCGUCUUCUCAUGGGAUGACUUCAACGCUAAGAACAAUGAAUUAUUAAAUAACUUUGGUAAUUUAGUUAACCGUGUUCUUAAAAUGAUCUCAACUACAUAUCAAGGCACUGUACCAACUAUUGAUAACACCAAAUUAAAUGAAGCUGACCAUAAAUUUAUCAAUGAAGUCAAUCAAAAUCUCGAUCAAUACUUUAAGAGUCUUGAAGAGAUCUCACUUAAAGAAGGUCUUAAAAUUACCAUGGCCAUUUCAAAAUUAGGUAACUCUUACAUGCAAGAAAACAAACCAUGGGAAGGUGAUAAAGAACGUUCAGCCCUCGUUUUAGCAGUUUUAACAAAUCUUAUCAAACUUUUAGCUACUCUCUUUGAACCAUAUAUCCCAUCACUCACUGACAGAAUUCAUCAACAACUCAAUGUAGAACCAACCAAAUACUCAACCAAAUUUGACUUACAUGCUAUUCCAGGUGGUCAUGAACUUUCAAAACAAAUCGAACCAUUAGUUAAAAAGAUUGAUGCUGCUGAUCUCAAGAAAUGGAGAACCCAAUUCAGUGGUCUUGGUCCAGAAUUCCCAAUUGAUUUAAAGAUUGGUACCAUCACUGAAGUUAACGACCAUCCAUCUGCUGAACAUCUUUACAUUAUCAAGGUUAAUUUAGGUGGUGAUGUUAAUAAAACUGUAGUUUCAGGUAUUAAGAACAAUUUCGAAAAAUCAGAAUUACUCAACAAGAAAUUAGCAGUUGUUUGUAAUCUUAAACCAAGCAAAUUUAAGGGUGUUCUCUCUGAAGCUAUGAUCAUUGUUGCUGAUGAUGGCAAAGGUGCUAAAGACAGUCUCUCAUUCUUAGUUCCAAAGAAUCCAGAUGCUGUUGUAGCUGGCUCUAAAAUUGCUGGUAAAGGUAUGUCAAUCCAACCAAAACCAUCAAUCGACUAUCAAAAAGAAUUCCUUCAUUACGAUUUAACCUGUGUCGAUCAUGUCAUCUCUUAUAAUAAAACUCCACUUUUAAUUAAUCAAUCAGAACCAUUAGUUUCAGAAAAAUUAUCAACCGGUAAAAUUAGAUAAAUAAAAAAAAACAAUCAAAC